GGGCCCGGCGCCAUGAGUGAGCUGGAGCAACUGAGACAGGAGGCCGAGCAGCUCCGGAACCAGAUCCGGGAUGCCCGGAAAGCAUGUGGGGAUUCCACACUGACCCAGAUCACAGCUGGGCUGGACCCAGUGGGGAGAAUCCAAAUGCGGACCCGGAGGACCCUCCGUGGGCACCUGGCAAAAAUCUACGCCAUGCACUGGGGGACAGACUCAAGGCUGCUGGUCAGCGCCUCCCAGGACGGGAAGCUCAUCAUCUGGGACAGUUACACCACCAACAAGGUCCAUGCCAUCCCACUGCGCUCCUCCUGGGUCAUGACCUGUGCCUACGCACCCUCAGGGAACUUUGUGGCCUGUGGGGGGUUGGACAACAUCUGCUCCAUCUACAGCCUCAAGACCCGUGAGGGAAAUGUCAGGGUCAGCCGGGAGCUGCCUGGCCAUACUGGGUACCUGUCAUGCUGUCGGUUUCUGGAUGACAACCAAAUCAUCACCAGCUCCGGGGAUACCACCUGUGCCCUGUGGGACAUUGAGACAGGCCAGCAGACGGUGGGCUUUGCAGGACACAGUGGGGACGUGAUGUCCCUGUCAUUGGCCCCCGAUGGCCGCACCUUUGUGUCAGGUGCCUGCGAUGCUUCCAUCAAGCUGUGGGACGUGCGGGACUCAAUGUGCCGACAGACCUUCAUCGGCCAUGAAUCCGACAUCAAUGCCGUGGCUUUCUUCCCCAACGGCUACGCCUUCACCACCGGCUCUGACGACGCUACGUGCCGCCUUUUUGACCUGAGAGCCGACCAGGAGCUGCUCAUGUAUUCCCACGACAACAUCAUCUGUGGCAUCACCUCCGUUGCCUUCUCUCGAAGCGGCCGGCUGCUGCUUGCUGGCUAUGACGAUUUCAACUGCAACAUUUGGGACGCCAUGAAGGGUGACCGUGCAGGUGUCCUUGCUGGCCACGACAACCGCGUGAGCUGCCUCGGGGUCACCGAUGAUGGCAUGGCUGUGGCCACAGGCUCCUGGGACUCCUUCCUCAAGAUCUGGAACUAAGCGUUCCAACCCCAGCUGGUCCCAGGCCGGGAGGGCCCUGCCCAUGCCCACACUACAGGCCGGGAGCUUUGGGGCUGGGUGCGCCAAGCAUCCCUCCCCAGCGGGCCAUGGGCCCGUGGGUCCCUGAUCCCCCACACCCAGGUUUGGUUCCUCCCGGGGGGUGGGGGGGCCCUGCUGUGGAGAUAAAGAUGGGGAUAGAAUGGGGGUAUAGAAGGGGCAGAAACCCUUCCUUUUGCUGCCCUGGGGUUGGGGUCUCCCUCUCCCAACCGCCCCCCGCCAGGAGGCAGGAGGUGGGAACUCCAGGGGCUGGCUUUUUUAAAACUGGUUUUAUUUUAAUUUUUAUUAUAUUUUCAGUUUUUCCAUAAAGGAACCAAUUCCAACUCUG